UCUCGGAGUCCUUCAGCUUAGCAGUGCCAGGCAGCCUCCCAGGAUGAAUCCCCUUCGCCGCCACAUACAAGCGGCUGCCGUGAUGGCGAUGGCGUGUCUGGUGGUCGCUGGCGGCGGCGGCUACGGUGCGCGCGGAGGCCGAAAGAUCGACGGCUCCUCCGGGGGCUUCGGAGUCGGUCUUGGCAGCGGGCACGGAGCGCACGGAGGGCACGGGGCGCACGGGCACGGAGCGCAUGGAGGGCAUGGAGCGCACGGAGGGCACGAGGAGCACGGGCACGGAACACACCGCAGCAGCGGAGGCGGCAGCGUGGUCCGCGCCGUGCUCGUCGGCAAAGGAAGUCUCUCCACCAGCGUAAACAAAGGUGGCCACGGCGGAGGCCAUGGCCAAGCCACCGCCUACAGCGCCGGUCCAGCACCUGGCCCCUUUGGCCCAGGACCUGCUGGUAGGGACGACUUUGGCCCUGGCCCAGUUGACACUGCUAGCUUUGGCCCUGUUCAAACUGGCAGUGCCAGCUUUGGCUCUGUUCAAGCUGGUGGCGCCAGCUUUGGUCCUGUACAAGCUGGUGGCGCCAGCUUUGGUCCUGUACAAGCUGGUGGUGCCAGCUUUGGCCCUAUUCAAGCUGGUGGCGCCAGCUUUGGUCCUGGCCCAGUUGACACUGCUAGCUUUGGCCCUGUCCCAGUUGAUAGUGCUAACUUUGGCCCUGUUCAAACUGGCGGUGCCAGUUUUGGCUCUGUUCAAGCUGGUGUCGCCAGCUUUGAUCCUGUACAAGCUGGUGGUGCUAGUUUUGGCCCUGUUCAAGCUAGUGGUGCCAGCAUUGUCCCCGUUCAAGAUGGCGCAAGUUUUGGCCCUGGCCCAGUUGACACUGGUAGUUUUGGCCCCGUUCAAGAUGGCGUCAGUUUUGGCUUUGGCCCGGUUGACACUGGUAACUUUGGCCCUGGCCCAGUUGUCACUGGAAGUUUUGGCCCUGUUCAAACUAGUGGUGCCACUUUUGGUCCUGGCCCAGUUGAGAGUGCCAGCUUUGGCCCUGGCCCAGUCGGUACCUCUAACUUCGGCUCUGGCCGAGCUGAUACUGCUGGCUUUGGCCCGGGCUCAGCUGCCACAGCUGGCUCUUCCGUUGCAAGCAACAACGUCGGUCUAGUUUCUUCCAGGACUGGAUCUGCUCAACCCAAAAGAGGCUACGGCUAUUAGUUGAGAAUCUUUCAUCCGACUGUAAGAUCACCAAUAAAUGAUCCAGAUAA